UCGCCUUUUGAUUUAUUUGUUUUGGGGAAAUCAUUUUAUUACCCAUUUGCGGCUCUCUAAGGAAACACAGCGCCAAGCUCUGUGAAAAUCUUAGCUAUUUUUGGGCUACUUUCAAUUUUUUUUUAUCGUUGAUUUUCGAAGCUUCUUCUUCUUCUUCGAGCUCAGAAAUUCCAGCUGGAGCUUAUAGUUGCAGGGUUUUAGGGUUAGGGUUUGGUAUUGAAAUUGUACUGGUUUCGUUGUGACGGAGACGAUGAUUGUUUGUCCGGUGGAACGGGGUUAGGGUUUGAAUUGGGAGAAGGUGGUGGUGAGGCUGGGGAUUUGGUGUGGAGGGAGUAUUGGAUGGCGGCCGUGAAUCCGCAGCCACUGCAAGCGCGACCAUUCGAGGAGCACGGGAGAGGUCCGAUACCGAUCGAAGACGACGAGGCUGAGUACGAAGAUGGUGGUGAUGAUGGUAUGGAGGACAUGGAAGAGGUUCAUGUGAAUUCGGUCAGCGUUGCGGAGCGUGGAGGAGGAGGAGGAGGAGGAGGUGUGGUUAUGGCGUCCAGGACUAGUGAGCUCACUCUGUCUUUUGAAGGCGAGGUCUAUGUCUUCCCUGCUGUUACACCUGAGAAGGUGCAAGCAGUACUCUUGCUAUUGGGAGGACGUGAUGUACCAACUGGUGUGCCUACAGUUGAAGUGUCUUACGAUCAGAAUACACGGGGUGUGGCUGACACCCCAAAACGUUCAAAUCUUUCACGAAGAAUAGCUUCGCUGGUUCGGUUUCGUGAAAAACGGAAGGAGAGAUGCUUUGACAAGAAAAUUAGGUACACAGUCCGUAAAGAGGUUGCACAGAGGAUGCUUCGUAAAAAUGGACAGUUUGCAUCAUUAAAACAAAAUUCAGGUGAUUCUGGUUGGGAUUCGGCACAAAGUGGCCUUCAAGAGGGCACUUCUCGACCGGAAACUGUCUUACGGCGAUGUCAACAUUGUGGAGUUAGUGAAAAUAAUACUCCUGCAAUGCGCCGUGGACCUGCUGGGCCAAGAACCUUAUGUAAUGCAUGUGGUCUUAUGUGGGCGAAUAAGGGAACACUGAGAGAUCUCAGCAAGGGAGGAAGGAACCUUACCAUGGACCAUAUAGAACCUGGAACACCAAUCGAAGUGAAGCCUUUACUUGUUGAAGGAGAAUUUUCUGGAAACCAGGAUGAGCAUGGAACACUUGAAGGUCCUUCUAAAACAGUUAUUGAAAGAUCCAAUGAUGCUUCUGUCAACCUGGAUGAGCAAGAUUUGCAUGAAACCGCUGAAGAUCUUACAAACAGUUUGCCGAUGGGGAUUGUUUCCUCAGCCAAUGAUGAGCAGGAACCUCUGGUUGAGCUCACUAAUCCUUCGGAUACAGAUUUAGACAUCCCUACU